AUGGCGGCGUGUUACCCCUGCAGGAAGGCAGACCCAGAUCUGCUAGAGAUGGAGCUCCAGCUCUGUACUAACAUUUCACAGAGUGUUAUAGGAUGUGUGAUGAAUUAUACGAGAGUGGAUGAACUCUGUGAGCCGCAAGACACAAACACGUCAACAGAACCACCAGUUGUCUACACUAUACCGCCGAUGGUACAUGAAACCAGCUUUCAGACAGUCUCUGAAAUCAGUUCAGAAUCGAAUCCGACAGCAACAUCAUCUGAUGAAGUAGACAUCAAUUUAGAGACUAUAUCUUACAAUUCAGCCUCAGACAUUACAACAAAUACACUAAGUACAACAACAACAAGCCGCAUUCUUAUAACAAGUAGCUACUCAUCCGUAAAUACCACAGCAUCAACAUCUAAAACUGCAACAAGCCAAGUAGCUAUAAAUGGAAACAAUUCAGGAACAAUCACUACUACACCAAGAAUAACCACUACUAGCCUAAUGUUUCUAAUAACUAAUACUUCAUUGUCAGACACAACAACAUCACCAUUAACAAACAGAUCCACACUUGCAAUAGGUAACAGUUCUGUAUCAACCACGACAGCAGGUAUCCCAAGGACUACAACUACUAGCUUCAUGUUCAAGGUUAAUAAUACUUCAUUAUUAAAUACAACAUCAGCACCUAAAACAGCAUCAAUCACACCAACAAACAUAAAUGCAACCAUCACAUCAUACACGACAACAUCAGCACCUAAAAUAACAUCAAUCACACCCAUGACUAUAACUGGAAACAUUUCAAUAUCAAACACGACAACAUCAGAACCUAAAACAUCGACCACACCCUUGACUAUAACUGGAAACAUUUCAACAUCAAACACGACAACAUCAACAUCAGCACCUAAAACAUCAACCACACCCAUGACUAUAACUGGAAAC